CCAACCAGAAGCUGGAACCAUUUUCAAAGCUCUGUCUGGAUGACCAGGUUUCUCACAUCUGUGUUAGGGGUGCUGCUGAGUAGAAAACCUUACAUGUGUGAAGUUAUCGUGUGGAUCAGAAACAUAAUGCCUUGGUUGAGCUCCUUACUACCGUCUUCAGUGUUUGGCCUGAGUUUUGUUCUAAAACUCUGCUGUUCCUGAAUCAGCCUGAGGGCAAAACGCACCAACUCCCUCUGCUGUACUUUCUGUCUCUCCUCCUCACUGCCUGAGUCACGUCACUGUUUCAUUUCUUUGGAUAGUCAAAUGGGCCUUCACUCUGCCCUCUCCCUAUUGGACACAGUGUGAUUCCCCUUGGAGGAGGGGAGGGGCUUUCAACUGCCUCAGCCAAACUUCCAGAGAACUUUUCCUGCUUUGGGUUUUAGGUCCUAAAAACUGUUGGUGAUGAAUCUGUUGGAAAGUUCUCCGACCUUUUAACGGGUCGGUAUCAGCGGUGGAGUAUGAGGAGUUCUGAUGACGUCGUUGUGGAAUCAGAAGAUAUGGGAAAAGGUCUUGGAUUACAUUACUGCUAAAGUAUAUUUGGAGUACAGUAUGGAGUACUAAGAAGUACAAGUUGAAGAGAACUGUACCGACCAAACAGCUGUGUGGAUGGAGGACUGAGCUCAGCUGAGUCCCACACCACAAUGAGAGACCGGUUGUCAGAGCUACAGCAGAGGGCUCAGGAGUCCUCUGCUGUUGCCGGUGAAAAUAAUAACCCACUCCCAGAGGAGGGGGACGACGAUGACUCUGUAGAGGUCGGGAUUGCGAUGCCACAGGCUGUGGUGUUUGAGGAAGAGCCGAUAAUUGAAAAUUUCUUGUCUGAGGCUCAGAAGAUCAGAGAUGACAUUAAUGCACUGGAAACAGAGAUCCUCCAGUUCACCCAGCAGCAAAAGACCCUGGUGGCAACGAUGCGACGUUUCAGUGUGAUGAAGAAAGAGAGCAGCAUAACAAGAGACAUCAAGCUCCAGGCCGAAAGCCUCCACCGGCGCUUAGAUGCACUGUCUAAACAAGUCCAAAAAACUGAGGAACAGCAGGGGCCGGCUGCUGCUACCACAAGGAUACAACGCUGUCAGCAGGCAGCGCUGCAGAGCAAAUUCCAGCAGGUGAUGCGACAGUACAAUGAAGGACUGAUAACAAAGCAGGAACGCUGUAAGGACUUCAUCCUCCGCCAGCUGGAUGUCCUGGGGAAAGAAGUGACGGAAGAGGAAGUAGACAAAAUGUUCGAGGCAGGAAAGUGGGAGGUCUUCAAUGAGAACCUACUGAACGAGGCCAAAGUCACACGGUCUCAGCUGUCUGAGAUCGAGCAGCGUCACAAGGAGCUGUUGAGUCUGGAAAACAACAUGAGGGAGCUGAGAGACCUGUUCAUGGACAUUUUCAUGCUGGUGGAGGAACAAGGAGCCGACAUCGAACACAUCCAGACCAACGUGGAGAGGACGCAGGACUACGUGGAAAGGACUAAUGAGAAGUUUAAACUGGCGGCCAGGUAUAAGAAGAAGAACCCUCUGAGACAGCUGUGCUGCUGCUGCUGUCCUCCGUGGAGAUGCUGCUUGUAACACCAGUUCAUCUUCGUGUACUGUACAUACUGUACGUAACACCUUUGGAAUCAGGUAGUGGACUGAAGUAAAACUCAAAAUGAUAACAAGGUACUUUGGUCUUGGAACGGCAGAAGGAGUCACUUUCAACAGGAUGUCGAACGACUGUUGGAAGAGUCAACGCUGCUGCUUAUCCAUGACCUUGACUGUGAUUUGACAGAGGUCGCAAACAAGGGAAGCUCCCUGUGUCUGACACUACCAUUUCACUAAGACUGUUAUAGCUUCAAAUAAUGUCCUUUUAAACAAACAAAAUAUGCACUUUAGAUCCUUCAUAAAAUUCACUGUUUUAGCACAGAGUAAUGACACUGAGGUG